CGGCAGGGACACGGCAACCUGCAGAAGGACUCACAUGGUCCUUUCUGCAUCGGAGCUCAGACCACCGGGACUCUGCAAACCUCACUCAGCUCAACUUCGUAUUCCUCCACGUAAUAGUUUUUUUUUUAAAUAUUGAUUGUUAUCAUUAUUUUUAUUUUCGCAUCCUUCUCUUGCAUCCCCAUUGUCGGCCACUCUUGGCCGGUACAAACAGCGACAUGGCUCGGGAAAACGGAGACACCGACAAAGGAGAGACGUGGAAGAAGCAAGUCGACGACAUCAAAAAGAUUUUUGAUUUUAAAGAAGUCCUCGGAACUGGAGCAUUUUCAGAGGUGGUCCUAGCCCAGGAGAAGCUGACUAGACGGAUGUUUGCAGUAAAAUGCAUCCCCAAGAAGGCUCUGAAAGGGAAGGAGAGCAGCAUCGAGAACGAGAUCGCUGUCCUGAGAAGGAUCAAGCAUGAAAACAUUGUGGCACUGGAGGACAUCUAUGAGAGUCCCGACCACCUCUACCUGAUUAUGCAGCUGGUGUCUGGUGGAGAGUUAUUUGACCGAAUCGUGGAAAAAGGGUUUUACACAGAGAAGGAUGCAAGCACGUUGAUCCGGCAAGUCCUGGAUGCUGUAAACUACCUGCACAAGAUGGGCAUUGUUCACCGAGACUUGAAGCCCGAGAACUUGUUGUAUUUUAAUCCUCAAGACGAGUCCAAAAUUAUGAUCAGUGACUUUGGUCUGUCCAAGAUGGAGGGCAGCGGCGAUGUCAUGUCUACAGCCUGCGGCACACCAGGAUAUGUUGCUCCAGAGGUUCUCGCUCAGAAGCCAUACAGCAAAGCAGUGGACUGCUGGUCCAUUGGAGUGAUCGCCUACAUCCUGCUGUGUGGUUAUCCUCCAUUCUACGAUGAAAACGACUCCAAGCUGUUUGAACAGAUCCUGAAAGCCGACUAUGAGUUUGACGCACCGUACUGGGAUGACAUAUCAGAUUCAGCCAAGGAUUUUAUCAGCUGUCUGAUGGAAAAAGAUCCAGCAAAGAGAUUUACCUGCGAGCAGGCCCUCAGACACCCCUGGAUUGCUGGGGAUACGGCUCUCUGCAAGAACAUCCAUGAGUCGGUCAGCCGACAGAUCAGAAAGAACUUCGCCAAAAGCAAAUGGAGGCAAGCAUUCAAUGCCACCGCCGUAGUGCGGCACAUGAGGCGACUGCAGCUUGGCAGCAGCAUGGGCAGCAGCAUGGAUUCCUCCAAUCCGUCAGCGAGGCAGAAUCAGAUGCAGAGGCCGGCUCAAAUCCAAAGCCAGGCGGGCCAGAACCAAACAGCUCAGAGCCAAAACACCGGCCAGGUGGCUCAGAGCCAGAUUACCAACAGCACUGCCAGCAAAAACUCCUCCAUAGACAACAACAUAGCAGCUACCCGCAAGGAAUGUGUUCCCGCACCCGUCACUCCCUGCAGUCUGGCAUCUGCAGCGUCAUCUCCCGCAACAGGGGCGGAGCUAAACCGGCCCCACCCCUCAGCAGUCCCUGCUCCGGUACUGACGGAGACCAAGUGACGCCAGGUCCCGCGGGGCACCAGCUGGGAGGCCACAGCUCUGUGAGUCAGAGAGAGACUCAAAGAGAUGGAGGGCGACCACAGAGGAGGAACAUCAUACUCUUUUUCGUCCCUCGCACUCUUACAUGCAUACUCUCUUGGAUGUGACCCCCCCAGCUUGUACCCUGCCCUGCUCCCUGGAGAGCAGAGAACUUUAUCCCACUCUCCACCCCACUGAUUGAAGCCACCAUUGCCAUACAGUACACCCACCAGGACCAUGUAGGAUUUCUCUGCAGCUGCAGAACAUCCACUGACUCUUACUUACGAUGUUUGCAUGGUCGGCUGUGAUUAUUAGCUGUUUUAAGAUAAAAGGCUGUUGACCGCAACCUGCUUUGGGCUGCAACUGGUGGUUGAUGGUGGAGCAGAUGGUGUCAUCUUUCUCAGUGUCCGUCAACUUCCCUGUUGAAUUUGGUCUUUCCUGUCCCACUUCAUUUAGCUUUUCUUCCAACUUAGUUUGACUGGCAACUGGAUUGUUUGUAGGGUUUUUUUAUAUAUAUAAAUAACUAUUCUUUUGAAAGGUGGCAUGUGUAACUUUUAUCAUUGUCAAAUUGAUAUUGCCACUUUAGCAUAAUUGCUGCAAAUAAAUAACAUCAUAGCCAAGGUGAUAGGUUACCUCUACUUCAUUGUCAAUAUUAGCUAUAAGUAGCUAGCUAUUGUGCUAAGAGCAUUUAUCUAAGUUAAGACUCAUAUUUUCAUAUUCCUCUUCAUUAGAAUCACCUGAUUCUGUGCUCUUAAUAUUGAUGCAAAAUAGUCUGACUGUCUUUUAAGUAAUGGACCUCACUCAAAUUUGACUAAUGUUGCAACCUAAUUUGACAAUGAUGCAUAUGUAUGAAAAUUUUACACAUUGCACCUUUAAGACCUUUUCUGUGUCCUUAUGGGCGUGUUUGUCUGUUUGUGCUUGAAGAAGUGCUUUAAAAGUACCAUAUGACUGUUGAGAUGUGGAAACACAAGUAAGCGCUUUACCUAUUUUGCACAGACAGGGUCAGAAAUGUUGUCUCAGACAAGUUAGCUGCCAUGCACAGGUUUAUCAGACAGAAAGGAGAGAUUGUAAACCUAUUAAAAAAGAGUGGAUGUCAGAGCAUUGUACAACUUGUCAAAAAUAUUCUGAUUUGUUUUUUUUAUUUUAUCACUUAUUAAAACUUUUGUAACAAUCACCCUUUAAGGGACACACAUACAGGUUACUACAAGACAUGCAAGAAGUGGAUGAUAAAAGAUAAGAUGGGUUUAAUUAUAAACUGCCUCCAGUUGAGAAUGUUAUUUAUUAAGUAUAAUUGCCAUUUGACUUCCCUAAUGGACCCACGAGCAGCGUAAGGUAGUUUCAAGAUGGCUAGAAAUGAUGCACAAUCAUUUCAGAGAUAUGAAGACGCUGUUUUCCUGCCGUUGAUCCUUUCCCCCUCUAAUGAAGCCAUGAUCUCACCUUCUCGUUCUGUUAAGCUGCACCCAGUUCAGAAGUCCUCAGGAAAACCUGCAGCUGCACUGUGCACAGGCAAACACCAGUUUCCUGGUUUUUUUAGGUCUUUUAUGGUCCGAGUGUUCCACGGGGCAUCACAGUUAAAGAUCCAAGGCUCAAAACAUGAGCCAAGGCUUUAUUCCAGUGUUGUAGAGAUGCAGGAAAUGAACGCUGAAGAGUCAGGUCUAUUCUCAGACUAUGAAAGACCAAGUUAUUCUGUGAGUUGUGGACUUCUUGAAAGUCUUAUCUAAUCACAAAGAGGUUGUUUACCUCCACAGGCUCUAAAGGUUUCUCAUUUUUCUUUUAAAAACAAAUGGUUGAAUCCAUAGCUUAGAGUUGUGAUACUGUCCUUUCAGACAACUGUACACUGCCGGGUGCUCUCUUACACAUAUCAGAUUGUCAUGUCUUUAUUAGAUGCAAUUCUACUAAUCCCUUUAUUAUGAAUUGUAGCCAAAGACUCAUGCUUGGUUUGAAUUUGGUUCAUAUUAAAUUACUUGAGGAAUUCAGAUGUUCAAGCUUAAACUACAGGCUGAACUCCAGGAAAUUACUCUCAGUGCUUUCUGUUAUCUGUCUCAAAAGGCUGGUGAGUAUGAGAGAACAUCUGGAUAAGAAUUGCUUUAAAAUCAAGAUGACAGUAAAUCAACAUUCAUAGGGGUUUCAUAGCAUUCACAUUUUUGCUCACUACAUCAUUCUGUAUGUUGGGCCAGACGUUGACUUAAACAGAUCCUGAUCAGACGUUGUGGAUCUACAUUCAUCUCCUACCCGACUGUGAAUCCACGUUCAAUCAUCAACAGCAACUUAUUUAUCACACUUGAGUCACAGUUUUGUGGUCAGUGUUUUGGUUUUUAUCUAGUGCAAUAUGACUAAGAGUGUUUUUUUUAAGGAAUUCUAUGGAACAGAGGGGUAAGAUUGCCUUUGACUGGAUCCAUAGAAAACAUUUGUUAGUAGGAUAUAUGCAUUUUUAGUUAGGAUAGAGAU